AUGAAGGCGGGCCAGAACCACAUCUACUACAUCGCGGGCGCCUCGCAGGCCGAGGUGCGCAAGUCGCCCUUCGCCGAGCGCCUGGUCAAGCGCGGCUACGAGGUGCUCUACCUCACCGAGGCCGUGUACGAGUACUGCCUCUCCUCGCUGCCCGAGUACGACGGCAAGAAGUUCCAGAACAUCGCCAAGGAGAUCUUCGACCUCGAAGAGAACGAGCAAGAGCAGGAAACGCAUGGAGGCUUUCCAAAAAGACGGGGGCCCUUUCCCCCCGCUGACGACGUGGUCAGCAAAAAGCGGGGGGACUUUCAUCACGCGCUGCCCCCCCCCGUGUCCCCCCGGCCCCUUUUCGCGCCGCCCGGGCCGGGCCCCCGCCGGGCCCCGGGCCCUUUUGGUGGACCGGCAACAUGGGGCGCCUCGCCUCUCCAACCCCGGGACCAGAAGGUGAGUGUACCGUACCCGGGGCCUCCCACCGCCUUCGGGUGGGCCGCAAAAAUGGAGGCCUCGCACUCUUCCAACGCGCACCAAAAGGUGAUUUUACCGUACCCCGGGGCUCUCCCCCCGCCUUCGGCUGGACCGGGAACAUGGACGCCUCGCCCCUCUCCAAAAGCGCACCAGAAGGGGAGUGUCCGUAAAACCCGGGGUCUCCCACCGCCUUGGUGGAAAGGGAACAUGGAGCGCCCGCCAAAUUUUCCAAAGCGCACCAGAAGGGGAGGUACCGUACCCGGGGCUCUCCCCCGCCUUUGGCUGGACCGGCAAAUGGAGCGCCCCCCGCACUUUUCCAAAGCGCACCAGAAAAGGGGAGGUACCGUACCCGGGACUCUCCCACCGCCUUCGGCUGGACCGGGAACGGACGCCUCGCACUCUCCAAAAGCGCACCAGAAGGUGAGUGUACCGUAA